AUGGCAUCAUCAAUUAAUUCCUUUCAGCCAUCACUAUCAUCCUAUCAACAAUCUUUAAACACUACACAAACAACAAUAAAUCGGCAAUCAUUGGCCAAUAUUGUCGAUCAAGAUAAUGACUCUAAUGAUUCCGACAAUGAAGAUUUUCUCUAUUUUGCUCAUAAUAAUACACAACAACAACAACAGGUUGUUAGUGGAGGUGGAUCAUCUUUAGGAGGAGUGAUGAAUCAAAAUAAUAUUGCAUCAUCAUCAGCGAGUAUGUUGUCCAAUAUGAUGAGAUCUAAAUCUCCACAGCAACAACAAAAUUCCUCAUCAACACAUUCAAGUGAACCAAAUACUAGACCUCUAUCACCUAAUAACAAUGAUCAGGAGCAAGAAUAUUAUUAUCAAAUUCCGAAUAAUUAUGGCAAUAUUGAUUUUGAUAAUCAAGCCUUGUUGCAACGUAUUACUAAUAGACAUAUUACGACACUGGCUGAUGAAUAUGAAGGAAAACAAUACGAAUCACAUUCUACAAAUACACUUUUAAAACAAGUUUCACAAAUACGAAAGUGGAAAUGGUCUUUUUGUUUGACAAGCACCAGUGUUAUUAUUUUAAUAUUACUAUUCAUUACAACAUUACUGUAUAAUUUAUUAUUUUUACAACCUUAUAUUUAUAUUGAAGAGAUUCAAAUUUAUCAAUUACCAUUCAUAGAUAGAACUGUUGGAUUUAACAUUGUACUAUCAGGAUUUAACCCUAGUUUGAUUCCAACCCAAAUUAGUUCAAUAUUGUUAAACAUCAAGCUAUUCGACAGUAUUAAACAUUUAAAAUAUGAUAUAGAAACACCCAUAUCCUACACAUUUGAAAAUCAAACAAUGAUAAGUGGAUUGAUUUGUAAGCAAGACCUAUGUGGAUUCGAUUCAUUCUCAUUCCAAACACAAAUCUACAUUGGAAAUAAUCCAAAUUUUAUUCAAUUAUUGGACUUGUUAGCAAGAAAUAUCUAUAUUGGAAUAGAUGUGCAAGUUUAUGUUAGCAUCAAAAAUUGCAGUCUAAAGAUUGAUUCACCUUUUUUAUACACAUCUUCAUUGAUGGGUAUUUCACUUGAUAGUCUUACCUUCCAUGAAUCAAUUUCAGAUACUCUUAUUAUGGCUAUUUCUGUAAAAUCUCUACAGGUUAAAAAUUGUUAUUUUUACAAUAUUUCUGCAAACUGCUUAAAAAUUGGAGAUAUUUUCGAUUUUGAGAUAUCAAAUUCGAUAUUUUCAAAUAUUGUUUCAAAUCUUGGAGCCAUUAAUUAUAACGAUGCUUCCUCAAGUUCAUUAAAGCCAUUUAGUGGAUCACAAUACCAUGCCAUUUUAAACACUACUUUUGAAAAUUGUAAAGGUGGUGCGCUGAAUUUCCUCACCAAUAACAAGGUUAGCAUAAGAAAUUGUAACUUUUACUAUAAUAAUGCACCUGAAGGAAGUGCAAUAUUGUUUAAACAAGAUCAAACAAAGAGCUUCUUGGAUGUGAAAAAUAGCAAAUUCAUAGGUAAUGGUAGCCCAACCACUUAUGGAGGUGUUGCUUUUAUUGUUGGUGGUGCAAGUUUUACUGCUAGUAUAUUCGAGAACAAUGUGGCAGAAAGAGGAGGUGUGGUAUAUGUGGGUGAAGGUGCAAAAUUUGCUAUUGUUGCAUUUCUGGAUUCUUGUGAGUUUAUCAAUAACAGUGCAUUAUUGGGAAAUAUUGGAUACACUGAGUCUCCCAAUCCCAAGUCAAUAUUCAAAAAUUCCAACAGGUCUGACACAUUAUUUGAGAAUGAGGAUGUUUCUUCUCCUUGUUUCAAAUUUGAUUUUCAAGUCUUUGACGCCAUAUCAGGUGAGAAAAUGGAUGAAAAAAAGAUGAUAUCUCCAUAUUUGGGUCAAACUUUGGUCAUAGUCAUAGAUCCACUCGACGUGUAUGGUAAGAAAAUUAAAGGACCAAAUGGAUUACUCUCCAUUUCAACAGAUAAUUCUAAAUACUUGCUACGAACUGGAAAAGCAAGUGAAUCUGGAAUAAGAAUGGAGUUUACAAUAUUUUCUCAUGAAAAGUUAGAAUCUUUUGAAAAAUUCACCCUUUCCUUAAAAUUUCAGAGAGCUAAUUCUAAAAUUCAAGUCAUUGUUACUGAUUGCCCUUCUUUGUAUAUAUUUGAUGCAGCAGGGUGCGUCAAUAUUUGGUAUUGGAUACCGAUUGCUUCAGUUCUUUCCUCUUUUAUUGCUGGAAUUUCAUUAAUAGCAGUUAUUUUUAUAUGCUUUGCAAGGUAUAAAUCUCAAUUGCUUAAAAGAAGAAAACAAGCUGAUAAGGAAAUGGAACAAGUUCUUCUUGAUAAGAGAAUCAUAUUUGAAAAUGAUGAGUCCCCAAGAACUCCAAAAACUUUCAUUAUUUCAACAGAUGAUAUAAAGAUUAUUAAAAAGAUUGGUGAAGGAGGCCAGGGAACGGUCUAUCAAGCCAAAUGGAAUAAUAAGGAAGUAGCUAUUAAAAGUAUUAAGAAGGAUGGAAUAGAUGAUGAUGACGAAUUUGAAAAGGAAGCAACAUUGUUAAUGAGUUUAUCUCAUCCAAAUAUUGGUAAGUGA